UACUAUGAGCUCCGCCCUCUUGCAGCAGCGACUAAGGCAAAGGACACAUUCCGGACUACGAGUGGAUAUUUCCAUACAAACGUCUGUUGGCGCUGCUUAUUAGUCUCUCGGGAACACACGCCGCGGUGCUCGCACGUCUCCGGCGGUUUCAUUUGACCUCCACACGACGCUAGCUACCCGGGAGAAGAGGAGCAGGCGGGCGGGCGGAGAAUCUGCGGGCCCAACUGGCGUUCCGAUCGGAGAAGACUCGCCCCACCGCCGGGUCCUCGUCGAGGUUUCGUCCGCCGAACCUCCCCGGGAAGACACGGGACAGACGCUCCUCUGCCGCAGCCCGGAGGUGUGCUGCCCGGCAGAGCAUGCUAAAUAAUGAGCCAAAGGGACACGCUGGUUCAUUUGUUCGCUGGGGGAUGCGGGGGCACGGUCGGGGCUAUUUUGACAUGUCCUCUGGAAGUGGUGAAGACCAGGCUGCAGUCGUCCUCCGUCACGCUCUACAUCUCUGAAGUCCAGCUCAGCACUGUAAACGGAGCGAGCGUGGCCCGCGUCGCUCCGCCGGGACCCCUGCACUGUCUCAAGCUUAUCUUCGAAAGAGAGGGAUUGCGGUCACUCUUUAGAGGACUCGGACCCAACCUCGUGGGUGUGGCACCUUCCAGGGCGAUCUACUUUGCUGCCUAUUCAACGGCCAAGGAGAAGCUGAAUGGCGUGCUGGAGGCGGACUCUACCCAGGUGCACAUGGUGUCUGCUGGGAUGGCAGGCUUCACCGCCAUCACGGCCACUAACCCCAUAUGGCUGAUCAAGACCCGCAUGCAGCUGGACUCCAGGAACCGAGGCGAGCGCCGCAUGAACGCGUUCGAGUGCGUUCGGCGGGUGUACCAGAUGGAAGGCCUGCGAGGGUUUUACCGGGGCAUGUCGGCGUCGUACGCCGGCAUCUCGGAGACGGUCAUCCAUUUUGUCAUCUACGAGAGCAUCAAGCGCAAGUUGCUGCAGGCCCGGGUCCAGAGCAGCAUGGAGGGCGAGGAGGAGGCCGUCAAGGACGCCUCGGACUUUGUCGGCAUGAUGCUGGCGGCCGCCGCCUCCAAGACCUGUGCCACCACCCUGGCGUACCCUCACGAGGUGAUCCGCACGCGACUACGAGAAGAGGGCAGCAAGUACCGCUCCUUCUUCCAAACCCUGCUGACCGUGCCGAAGGAGGAAGGUUACCGGGCGCUGUACCGCGGCCUCACCACGCACCUGGUCAGACAGAUCCCCAACACCGCCAUCAUGAUGUGCACCUACGAGGUGGUGGUCUACCUGCUGGGCCGCUAGGCCUCCUCCCACGCCGCACAAACACUCCCCACGUCGGCCUUUGGCCAGGUUCGGACCCGAGACCAAAGGAGGAGGACCGGCGAAGGAGGAAAGACCCGGCAAAAAAAAAAAAGGCGCCUUUUUUUUGUCGGCACGUGGACUGGAGAGAGAGAGAGAGAGAGAGAGAGAGGCUGGCGGACCUGAGACGAAAGAUGCAGUGGAAGGAAAAACCGUAUCCGCACAGUUUGAGUGGCCUUAAGUUCCUGGAGUGAGGAGUGAAGAGUGAGUUCCUACACAUAACCUCCAGGAAAAGGAAAAGUUGACAAAAUAGUUCUAAUUUGAAUGGAAAAUAUCCCUUUUUUUGGUCAAAUUGGCACUUUUUUGCAUUUGUUGAGGAAUAUUCGUCCAAGGCAGAAUGUUUUGUUUUGGUGUGAAUAUAUAUAUAUAUAUAUAUAUAUAU